AUGCGUCAGAAUUAUGAAAAGUGCAUCCUGGGAGAUAGGUGUGUCCUGGUGCCGUAUCGCAAAGAACAUGUUGAUCGAUAUCACAAGUGGAUGCUCGAUCCAGAUUUGCUAGAAUCUACCUGCUCAGAGUCACUGUCGAUUGAAGAAGAGUACGAGAUGCAAGAAUCUUGGAGGGACGACGCCACAAAAUGCACUUUUAUUAUCCUUGAUCGUGAUCGAGUAGAUGGUCUACCAGACCACGGCAAAGAGUCUUACAUACUCCGUAAUUUGCCGGCAAUGGUGGGAGACGUAAAUCUCUUUCUCUCUAAUAUGGAACAGACUGAAGAUUCCACUCCCGAGACGGAUGAUUUGAGUAUCCCGCUGGGCCGCCAAGCUGAGCUCGACAUAAUGAUAGCUGAAAAGCAAGCACGAGGGAAAGGGAUUGGGAGCGAAGCAUGCCGCAUGAUGAUGUGGUAUGGGGCAGUUGAGUUAGGGUUGAAACGUUUUUUUUGCAAAAUAAACGAAGACAACGUGGCGUCUCUCUCGUUAUUUAUGAAGCUCGGCUUUCUACAAUGUGCGUAUGCUAAAUGUUUCAAGCAAGUUGAGGUCGAGAUACGGUCAUGUCCGACAGAGGAGAUGGCUUUGGUAUUGCGCCGCGUGAGCGGUGGAUCUGAGCUGUCCACGUUUAAUCUGAAUGACCAACAAAACAAUCAUGGAAUGCCAUCUUUCUAA